AUGAUAGCGCUUUUGAAAGAAUUGGCUGUUGAGCUGUAUGAUAAACAAGCUGUGAAAUUCGGAGAGUUUAAGACGAAAAUUGGCCUAACAACACCGGUAUAUUUUGAUCUACGUGUCGUAAUUUCUCAUCCAAAAUUAAUGUUGAAAUUGGCAAAAGCUCUGUGGACACUGGUGGAUGAUCCUACAAAAGUAUCCCGAAUUUGUGGUGUUCCAUAUACCGCAUUACCAUUAGCUACUCUGAUAUCAGUAGAAGAGAAAAUUCCUAUGUUAAUGAAGAGAAAAGAGGCAAAGUCAUAUGGCACAAAGAAGUUAAUUGAGGGUAUUUUCUUACCUGGUGAAAACUGUGUCAUCAUUGAGGAUGUCAUCACGAGUGGUAGCAGUAUUUUAGAAACUGUCGAUGUCUUGAAGAAGGAAAAUUUAAAUGUGACAGAAGCUUAUGUACUAAUCGAUAGGGAGCAGGGUGGCAAAAAAAAUCUUGAAUAUCAUCAGAUUAAAGUUAAGAGUUUAUUCGUAAUUACGCAGCUUAUGAAGUAUCUCCUGGAGGCUGGAAAGAUCACGCCUGAAAUAGUCAAAGAUGUUGAUAAUUACUUAGCAGCAAAUUGUGCACCAAGCAUUUCCGUUCAAGAUGUGCCAGAUGACAGAUUGAAACUACCGUAUAGUAAACGCGCAAAGUUAACAACAAAUCCAUUGGCUUCAAAACUAUUGGAGCUAAUGGAAUUAAAACAAACGAAUCUCUGUUUGGCAGCAGACCUAACAAAAAUAAAUGUGAUUUUGGAAUUAGCAAACGUAGCAGGACCUUAUAUCGCCGUGCUGAAAAUUCACGUAGAUAUCAUAGAGGACUUCAACGAAAAUUUUAUUCCUCGUCUUAAAGAAUUAGCGAAGCAGCAUAAAUUUUUAUUGAUGGAGGAUCGCAAGUUUAGCGAUAUCGGUAACACUGUAUCGUUACAAUACAGACACGGCUUUUAUAAGAUAGCCGAAUGGGCCGAUUUGAUUACAGUACAUCCGGUAUCAGGUGCAUCUGUCGUUGACGCACUGAAGAAAAGUUUAGAUAAUAUCACUGAACCACGUGGCAUUUUCUUAGUCGCCGAGAUGUCAUGCGAAGGUGCAUUGACCACCGGUGAUUAUUUAAAGAAUGCAGUUUUAAUGGCAGAGGAAGCCUCCGAUUUAGUAGUAGGAUUCGUAUGCCAAUCCAAUCUGUCGGCACAACCCGGACUACUUCAGUUGACACCUGGUGUCAAUCUUACCAAAAGUGUAGAUGGGCUAGGCCAGCAAUAUAAUGAUCCGAAAUCAGUUAUUAAUGCUGGUGCUGAUUUGGCAGUUGUUGGUAGGGGUAUCACAGAGGCGCGUAACGGUUAUCUGAAAGCCAUUUUAGAAUACAAAAAAGAACUUUGGAAUGCGUACGAAGAACGAAUAAAGGCAUCCAAUACGUAA